CAACUAUACGACUUCGUGUAUGUCCGUUGACGGCGGCGCUGUCAAGCCGCUCGGUUUUAUUUGCGCUCGCUCGGGUUGACUCCGGGGCUGCAUAGGAAGUGGAGCGCACAUGCUAAUGCUAAAGCCUGUGCGCCGGGACCCUGUCAUAUGCUAACGGUCGCUAAACUACCGCACGAGCUCCGCUUCCUCGGGCGGCGUGACACUGCUGACCGUGAAAUCCACGUUGGGCUGUUGUUUACGAACGUUUCGAGGGGUUUAAAGUAGAGGUUUGCGUUUGAUCCUCCGUCAAAUCGACGCUCGAUUUGAGGCCCGACCAACGUUAGACCCCAGUCAGUUAACGUUAGCAACGGACACACGCAGCACUUCAUUCACCGACAUCAAGGAGCAACGACAGAGAGGAUGCCAGCUCCGAUCAGACUGCGGGAGCUGAUCCGGACAAUCCGGACAGCUCGAACCCAGGCAGAGGAGCGAGAGAUGAUCCAGAAAGAGUGUGCAGCCAUUAGGUCAUCCUUUAGAGAAGAGGACAACACAUACCGCUGUAGAAAUGUGGCUAAGCUGCUUUAUAUGCACAUGUUGGGCUACCCGGCACACUUUGGCCAGCUGGAGUGCCUGAAACUGAUUGCAUCACAGAAGUUCACAGAUAAACGGAUAGGAUACCUGGGAGCCAUGCUACUUCUGGACGAGAGGCAGGACGUCCAUCUCUUAAUGACAAACUGCAUCAAGAAUGACUUGAACCACAGUACACAGUAUGUGCAAGGACUAGCCCUGUGCACCCUGGGCUGCAUGGGCUCAUCCGAAAUGUGCCGUGACUUAGCUGGAGAAGUGGAGAAACUCCUCAAAACGUCAAACUCCUAUCUGAGGAAAAAGGCGGCACUGUGUGCGGUUCACGUCAUCCGCAAAGUCCCGGAGCUGAUGGAGAUGUUCCUGCCAGCAACAAAAAACCUGCUCAGCGAGAAAAAUCAUGGAGUUCUUCACACAUCUGUUGUCCUGCUCACUGAAAUGUGUGAGCGGAGUCCUGACAUGCUCUCUCACUUCAGGAAGAAUGAGAAGCUGGUUCCACAACUUGUACGAAUCCUGAAGAACCUGAUCAUGUCAGGCUACUCCCCUGAGCACGAUGUGUCUGGCAUCAGUGACCCUUUCCUGCAGGUGCGGAUAUUGAGGCUACUGAGAAUUCUGGGAAAGGGUGAUGAUGAUUCUAGUGAAGCUAUGAAUGACAUUCUUGCACAGGUUGCAACAAACACAGAGACAAGUAAAAAUGUAGGCAAUGCUAUCCUCUAUGAAACUGUUCUUACUAUUAUGGACAUCAAAUCAGAGAGUGGACUGAGGGUUUUAGCAAUUAACAUUCUGGGACGUUUUCUUCUCAACAACGACAAAAAUAUCAGAUAUGUGGCAUUGACAUCUCUACUGAAGACUGUGCAGACGGACCACAAUGCAGUGCAGAGACAUCGAAGCACUAUCGUGGACUGUUUGAAAGACCUUGAUGUGUCCAUUAAAAGGCGUGCAAUGGAGCUGAGCUUUGCCCUGGUUAACGGCAACAACAUUCGGGGCAUGAUGAAAGAGCUUCUGUAUUUCCUGGACUCCUGUGACCCUGAGUUCAAAGCGGACUGCGCAUCAGGGAUCUUCCUGGCUGCUGAGAAGUAUGCACCCUCCAAAAGAUGGCACAUAGACACCAUUAUGAGGGUUUUGACAACGGCAGGGAGUUAUGUCCGAGAUGACUCUGUGCCCAACCUCAUCCAGCUCAUCACAAAUAGUGUAGAGAUGCAUGCCUAUACUGUACAGAGACUCUACAAAGCCCUCCUGGAUGACAUCUCUCAGCAACCUCUAGUACAGGUGGCAUCCUGGUGCAUAGGAGAGUAUGGAGACCUACUGGUCUCAGGCCAGUGUGAAGAGGAGGAACCCAUUCAGGUUUCUGAAGAUGAGGUCCUGGAUGUUUUAGAAGGUCUCCUUGUUUCUAACUUAUCCACCCCUGUAACGAGAGGUUAUUCCCUGACUGCUAUUAUGAAGCUGUCCACCCGUUUCAGCAGCUUGAAUCGAAUCAAAAAAGUGGUGUCUAUAUACGGCAGCAGUAUAGAUGUGGAGCUGCAGCAGAGAGCUGUGGAAUAUAACGCACUUUUCAAAAAAUAUGAUCACAUGAGACCUGCAUUACUAGAGCGAAUGCCUAUUAUGGAAAAAACGGCCACUAACGGCCCAGCAGAGAUUGUCCAGACCAAUGGAGAAACAGAAUCAACUAUUCUAGACACAAAACAUCCGCCCAACAUCACUCAGCCAGCCAGUCAGGCAAAUGAUUUAUUAGACCUACUCGGAGGUAAUGAUGUGGUACCGGUUAUCCAAACGACCGUUCCCACAAAGCCUGCGUCAGCUGGAGGAGAACUGCUGGAUCUGCUGGGAGACCUUUCUCUGACAGGUGGUCCGACCCCCACCCCUGCUCCCUCUGUGCCCAUGUCCCAGCCCCCUUUCCUUUUGGACGGUCUCACCUCUCAGCCCCUCUUCAAUGAUAUUGCAGCGGUCAUUCCUCCGAUGACGGCGUACAACAAAAACGGUCUGAAAAUCGAGUUCACAUUUGAGAGGUCCAACCCCAAUCCCAAUAUUGCAGUUAUCACCAUCCACGCCACCAACUCCACCGAGGCUGACAUGACAGAAUUUGUGUUUCAAGCUGCAGUACCAAAGACAUUCCAGCUGCAGCUUCUGUCCCCCAGCAGUAAUGUAGUUCCAGCACUCAACCAGGGAAGUGUCACGCAGGUCAUCAGGGUUCUUAACCCACAGAAGCAACAGCUGCGAAUGCGGAUCAAGCUGACAUACACUCACAAAGGCUCUCCUGUACAAGACCUGUCCGAGGUCAACAAUUUCCCCCCUCAGUCCUGGCAGUGAUUUGCUACCCUUCUCAAUCUUAAAGACCCCCAGCAAGGGAACUAUGGGAAAGAUGUCCCCUCCCCAUUCCCAAAUGAUCCCCGUGACAUCACCACAGAUCGCUGCCCUGGGGUUGCAUGGGAAGCAGUGGAAUCUUCCUGACACAGUCAAGAGUUGAUGGUAUGAAGACUGACGAUGAUGACGAUUACAGUGACAAUGAUGAAGAAAAAUCACAAAUAUCUCAAUACAUAUCUUUUCAUUUGUUUCUUUGCCCUGUCUGUCCUUCUCUCUGCUUCGGGGUUAGUGCAACAUGUCCAUACUCACACUUGCACUUAGCGUUGUGCGCUCUCACUUAAUCCUGUCACUGUAGUGCACUCGUUCACUCCGGCUCGCCCUGCCGCCCAAGGGCCCGUACAUGGGGAAACAUCACUCGUGGCCACUAUACAAAGGAGCUGCUUGUUUGAUUUCUGUCUGUUUGGUUUGAUUUUUGUCCAUGUUUUUAAUCUUGUUAAUGGGGUUCGGUGUAUUUUAAGAAAAAAAAACGAAAAAAAAAACAACGGCAACAUACCGAAUUGAUCGCAAAGUCUGAACAUUUGCACCUUAAGCAUUUCAGAAUCGAGUGGAAAAUGGGUCGCGACGGAGCCUUAAUUUAUCGUUGUACAUGGCAUUUCUUAACUUUGGUGCGAGGUUGAUCUGAUGUCCUGUAAUAAAGUAUACCAGAUGAAUGCUCCGGAUACAAGCGAUGUUGUGGCUACACCGUAUUUCACAUGAAGCCGUUGUCCGUCAGCAGUAAUGUUCACGCUAACAGAUCUGUCCGGGAGUGUUUGACCUUCAUCACGUGCAUCAUCACGAAUAGGCAAGUUCAUGCAGCCCAUACCUUGAUUUCUUAUAUUUUUAUGCAGGGCGGCGUCUAAAUGUCAUGGACAGUGGAACUGGAGCGUGUCUUUUUGAGGUGACUGAGAGUGUUGCUCGUUAUUGUUGGCGCGGAUUACAUCAACCAGUAGUUUCGCAUCGUCAUCAAUGCUGGACACUUUUUUCCCCCCAAAACCCUUUAAUUUGGCAUAUAGUAGUUUGUUUGCCUCUACUCCUCACAGAUGGUGUGUUCUUGUACUGUUUUUUUAAAUCUUAAAAUACAUUUAUAUAGGUUGAAAAUAGCCUUCACUAAAGAAGUUUGAUUUUUUUUUUUUUUUUUUUUUUUUUUUAGCGCAAUCCUUAAGGAUUGUAAUCUAUUAAAGAUUUAAUGUAGUUAAAGAGCGUGAUCUUGAAAUUCAAAUUGAUUUCUUACUAAAUUAACACAACUUAGAGGCCCGGCGACGUAUCAUGAGGUUAUGGUCAGCGUAGAUGCUGUAAAUAUAGACUAUGAAUAUAAGGCCUUCGUGAAUGUAGUUAUAUGCACUGAAUGGACUUCUUUUUUUUUUUUUCCUUUUUGUUUGACUUUCUGCAGUGAUUUGAAGUAUGGAAAUAUUGCCUGAACUAAAGCAAUGUGCCUUUGUCAUAACCAGUUAAAAAGAAGAAUCCCGAGAGACGAACGGUUAUCAUUACGGGAAGAGCAAGAGCGUGACGUCUGAAGAGUAGAGGACCUUUUUUUGUUUCGCUGUCAUUUCACUCGAGUUCUCGUUCAGAGGGCGUCUUAAAGUGUGUGCUGUCGGCGUGCGUUAGCGUCUCUUCUCGCGGCUUCCAAAGGCAGUUCACAACAUUAACCUGAAUAUACCUCACAUUGUCGUCUUGUUUUGUCUUUGUCGGCUUGGAAGAGCGCUAUGAUUGUUUCAUCGUGUCACGGGAAUGCUCACCUCACCUCCGUACCCUCACGUCAUCUCUCGCUGCUCUUCGUUUCCUUCAUCACUUUGCGUGAUUUAUAUUCGCUAUGCCACACUGAAGUCUGGUGACCAAAUCAAGAGAUGUUCUUUGGGCUUGGGAAAAAUUUUUAUGUAUAUGGAGAAAAAAAAAAAAAGACUUAUCAUUCUAUUAGCCUCUUUGUCUUUUGUUGCGAAUCUUUCGAUUUCUUGGCUUUUUCUGUACAUACUGAGGGCUUUUAAGAUGCAUCAGCUGUUUCUUUUCAUCCCUUUUUAAGAUCCCGUUUUCUAAGACUUCCUUCCAGUACUGCACAGUGUAUAAUGUUUGAAGCUCUCCCUAAGAACAUAGUCUAAUUUAACAACUUACCUGUUUGAUUGAUUGUUUAUUGGAAAGAAAAUGUACUAUGUGCUGCCUGUAUAUUGUAUAUAAUUGUAAAACGCAUCAAACAGAUCAAAUCAAAUAAAAAUCCCAUUUGAAGACCCAUGACGUUCAGUUAGGGGUGUAAUGUGCACAUGAUCUUGAGUUGGCUUUUGGACUAGACGUGAGGUGGAUCGCAGUCAUGUACUACUGAAGAAAUCAAAUGCUGCUUAUGGAUAUGAUUUCUCAUUUUUAAUUUAAUGGCCUGCAGCCGAUCCCCAUCCCUCAUGUACUCCCAGUUUUACAUAAUGCAAUUUAAAGGGAUAGUUGACUCCCCGAUAAUUAAAAAUGUAAUUUACCUCUCCCUCAUGUCACUCCAAACCUAUAUAAAUGGCUUUAUUCUGUGGAACACGAAAGAAACCAUUUUGAAGAACGUUUCAACUGUCCAAAUCGAGACUAAACUUGAUUUUGAAGUCACGUGAAAAGGUUUGAAGUCACAUGAAGCACACUCUUGAAAAUAAAGGUGCUUCACAAUGCCGUAGAAGAACCUUUUUGGUCUCUAAAUGGUUUCGAAAGAACCUUUAACUUACGAAGAACCUCUGUUUCACAAAAGUGGUGAAAGGAGGUUCCUCAGGUUGUAAAAAGGUACAAAAAGAAAUGGUUCUUUGGCUGAAACGAGUUUUUAAGAGUGUGUCUCCAGACCACAUUAUAGUAACAUUGCAACAUUGAGGAAAGCUUAAAAACCAAAGUUUAAAGUUAGUUUUCCCACAAACCAUCUCUACUGGAUAUUUCCAUGCAGUUGAGGCUUACGGAUAUUCCCAAACUCUUUUUUUUUUUUUUUUUUUUUUUUUUUUUUUUUUUUUUGGGAGGCACUUGGGGUUGAGGCACAACUUCAUAUAAAAUGCUGUGGUGUGAGAACAUGGUCUCGUCCGUAAAUGUUUUGAUGCCUCUCGAGUGACCUUAAACGGCAUUAUCCGGCGGCCUGCGUUUGAGACGUCCGUAACAACAGUAACCGCGCCAGAUCGGAUACAAAAUACGGCUUUCUGAAUCUGCUGUUUUUUACGCUAACACCUUUGCGUGUUAAAGAGGGCGACCGUCUGUGAUCUUGCCGAGUCUCUCAGCAGGUCUCCCAACGCUAAACGAUGAUUUUGUUUUCAGCCGCAUGUGGAAAAAAAGCAAUGUAAAUAUUGUCAUUUCUACUCUUUACGUAAACGUCUGAAGUAACGCAAACUGAGUUGGAGUUCUCAAGUCGCCACUGUUCACUAUAUCACGCGAUACAUGCACAGACCUUCGUACGUUUGGGAAUAUACUGGUGAUUCUUCAUUGAGAAGCAGCUUUUCUUUCGGUCAGUCGGGGACGGGGUGGGUCUGGGUGUAACUGCUUGACCAGGUGGACUUUGCAUCACAUGCUUGGACGAUUGCCUUCUCCGUCAGAAUCCCUUUGUAAACUGUAAAGCUAUCGGUUGUUUUUGGAGUGUAUCUAUACAUGUGCCCCCCCUUCUCAGAUAUUUUACACUUGCUAUUCAACGCAUCUGAACUUGUGCGGGAGGUGGGGACGACCCCGUUGAGUCUGACAUGCUGAACUGAAUUGCAGUCCCAUGUCCUCGAGGAACGAGUGUUGGACUGAGUUAAUGACGAUGGAGGAAAAUGACGUGGGUUAUUUUAGACUUAUGCUGUGUAUUAUUGUCUUUGGGUUGGAGAAAAUGAUCAAAUGAAAUAAUAAAACGGUCAAACUUGA